AUAUAAACUGAGGGCUGGAGAUCAGCUGCAGACACUUCAGCUACAACCAUAUCAGGAGACCUGAGGCGAUAUAGGUGCUUGACAUAAAGCAGUUUCUGACACCAACCCAUAGGAAAGCAUGGAUGCACUUGCUGAAGUAAGAAUUGUAUUGUUGGGAAAAACAGGAUCUGGGAAGAGCAGCGCAGGAAAUGUUAUCCUGGGGGAAGAGAAGUUUAAAGUUUCCUCUGAUCCUAACAGUGUAACAAUAGACUGUCAAACAGAAGAGAGAAACAUAAAUGGCUGGAAACUUGCAGUAACUGACACACCAGGGAUUUUUGACACUGGGAGGUCUGAGAAAGAUGUGAAGUAUUCCAUAAUAUCCUGUCUCACUGAGUGUGCUCCUGGUCCACAUGCCUUCAUCUUAGUGCUGAGAGUGGGAAGACACACCAAAGAGGAGAAAGAGUCUGUGAGGAAGAUACUGAAGUGGUUUGGGGAGGAAGCCCUGAAGCACACAAUUGUCCUCUUCACACAUGGUGAUGAGCUUCCGAAAAACCAAACAAUUAAAGAGUAUGUAGAGAAAGAUGAGGAUCUGAAGGGACUUGUUAAAAAGUGUGAUUAUCGAGUCCAUGUCAUUGACUCUCAGCAACGGAACAAAAACGAUGAUAAAAAUGCUCAGUCUGCAGAUCUCCUGGAACAACUAAAGAAAAUAAUGAUAAAGAAGAGAGAAGCUGGGGAAUCACAGGCUGUUCAGGUACUGGAAGAAGUGAAGAACAUGCUGUUAGAACCAAGAUCAUCAACACCUGAUCAUGAACCGGGCCAAGGGUCUGAAAGAUCUACAAGUUCUGGAGGAAACCUGAAUGAAUCAGAGUACAGGAGCAACAGCUUUCAGAUUAAACAGAUGCUGACAACUAUAGAGAACAUGGUGACAAACAAUAGCAGCAGUCAUUACACAAAUGAACCACUCCAGGUAAUAGCAGAAGCUAUAGACAAAGAGGUUAAUAAGAUAAAAGAAGAGAUGGAGGAGAGAAGAGAGAAAGCAGAGGAGUCUGAGAUAAGGAGACGUGCAAGAGGGAGAGUGAGGAACAAGACUCUGAGAUUAGUGGCAGGAGUUACAACUGGGGCUUUACUGGGGGCUCUGCUGGGUGUGGCUGUAGGGUUAUCACUGCCAACUGUAUUGGCAGCUGGACUCCUGGCGGGAGCAGCAACCAGAGUUUAUGAAAAACUUGUAGCUGAGUCAGCAGGUGCAGCAUGUAAAAGAACUGUGGUAGUUGGGGCAUUAGGGGCAGGAGCAGCGGGAGCAGCAGUAGCAGAGGUUGCAUUAGUGGCAACAGCAGCAGGAGUGGCAGAAGCUGGUGCAGUUGGGGCAUUAGGGGCAGGAGCAGUGGGAGCAGCAGUGGCAGAACCUGGGGCAGUUGGGGCAUUAGGGGCAACAGGAGCAGCAGCGUCAGAAGCUGGGGCAGUUGGGGCAUUAGGGGCAGGAGCAGCAGCAGGAAUAGGAGUGGGUGUGUCUGUGGGGGUUUUGGCUGCAGCGGGAGCCAUAGGAGGGGGGGUUGAAGGAGCCAGAGCUGCAGCCAGAGCAGACAAACCAAAAGAGGCUGCAGAAAAUGCCGCUGAAGCUGUGGGGAAGAGAGCAGGAAACGUGAUGAAGGAAGCUUGGGAAUUAGGGCACAGAGUGACAAAAGCAAAGGAAACACCUUAUAAAAAACUGCAGUAGAUGAAAUGCAAGUAAACAGCCGCUUCACUGAUUAAGCUACAGGGCAGGCAGGACUACUGUGCCAGAAGUGUAGGAUGCCAAAAUAAAAGCUAGUCAGAUCUGGAGAAUCUGGAAAUAUGCGAUGACUUUUUCCAGCAUGAAUGUGAUCAGCUGUGAUCAAAUGCUGCAUGUCGAUUGGGGGGUGGGGUUUAAGAACAUGAGUAAAAAAGCAGGGAAAAUGUAAACCUCAUUGUCAAGAUCCUUGCUGUUCUGAUUGUUUGGUGUCACAAUCCUUCAGAUUUUCUUCCUUUUCUUUUCUCUUUUUAAUACAUGGUGGGAUUUAGUUUGAUUUGGGAAGCUAGGUGACAUGUUCGGUACUCUCCUUCUUUCUCUAAAUUUCUGGCAAUAUGAUUGUAUGCUCCCUAUCUUGUCAUUUUGUCAUAUUAAUCCUCUGUAUGGAUCCUUUGUAUGGACAUCUGUUUAAUUAAAGAAAAUAAAGAUGGCAAACCAGA